AUGGUGUGUGGGGCACGCUCUGGAGCCGGGAAUGUCGCUGCUGCUUGGGCCGCAGGUCGAAGAACAGAAGGCGGCUGCUUCCUUGUCGGUGAGCUUCAGACAGCGGGCAAGAGCGACAGGCAUGCCCAUUACCCAGCUGGAAAGAGGCAUCUGCUUGUAAUGGGAUAUCCCACUGGCGGAGCUUGGUGAAGCAAAGCCGUGCUGAAGAUGAAGCCAAUGUAAUGUUGGAAUGGAUCAACAGGGAACUGCACAUCAAAGUCUGCUGUCCUAUUGAUUUGGGCAGUGAACUGCCAUGCUGGUUAACUGAAUCACAGGACAGUCCUACUUGUCUGAAAAAUAAUAUCCUAGCACAUACCUCAGAUGGGAAACUUGAUACAGAAAAGAAAACAUUGCAAAACAUGCCAGUAAUAACCACAACCAAGUAUAGAUUUAGAAGAGGAAACUUUGCUACACAAAGAUGAUAUUGUCCAGGAUUCCUCUGCAGGUAUUCCUGGUAUUUCCAAGUUUGCAGAGUUGAAGGACAGAGCCUCUUCUGUUUCUAUAUUAAAUAAGAAGCUGCAGAUGGAACAGAUUCUUGGAUUAGCUAUCAAUCUCAAGAAAAGCAGUAAAAUUUCUUCCUUGCAAAUUGAACAGUGGGAUACCAAAAUAAAGAGUAGAAAUAAUAAACUUUUUAACAAACAUCCUGUUUCCAAGGAUGAUGGAAGCAAAGAAAAUUCUCAGGAAGAGCAGAUGGCUGAAAUAAAGUCAGAUGCAACAUUGGCUGAAACCUGUUCAAAUCCAACACCCCGCAGUACAGUUUGUAUCAGUGCCAUUUUGACUGAUAACAUAGAGCCAUUAAGGAAAGAAUCUUGUGCUGAAAGAAUACCGAAUGGGUAUCUUCCAAGUACACCCAAAGACAGGGCAGAGAAUCCUAGACAAGAGGAACAAUCGCAUAGAUACCAGCCUGGUGAUUCUGCUCACACAGAAUCAAACACUAAAAGACGACAUAGAUGUGAAGAGUGUGGGAAAGGCUUCCUUCAGGUUUGCCACCUGAAAAAACAUCAUUUUGUGCACACUGAUCACAAACCAUUCUUGUGCACGGAAUGUGGCAAGAGCUAUAGUUCAGAAGAGAGUUUCAGAACACAUAUGCUGGGCCACAGCGGGGUACGGCCUUUUCCCUGUCCACAGUGUCACAAAACAUACGGCACCAAGUGUGAUCUUCAAGAACAUCAGGUACUGCAUACAGGCCAACGUCCCUAUGUCUGUCCAGAUUGUGGGAAAUCAUUUGCCCAGCGACCUUCCCUUCGUAUCCAUCUCAAGACACAUCAAGUUAAACAGCCAAGCUCUACAUCUUCUGCCUACCAGUGUGUGAUAUGUGGGUGGCACCUGGCCAAUCCAGGAUCCCUGCGGAACCACAUGCACCUGCAUACAGGGGAACGUCCUUAUACUUGUCCCUACUGUCCCAAGUCAUUCCGUCAGCAAGGCAGUCUACGUGGGCAUCUUAGGUUACAUACAGGGGAGUGUCCUUACCGCUGCCAUUUCUGUGGAGAUGCCUUUCCAAAGCGUCCUGAGCUACUAUGUCAUCUGAUUUCCCACACAGGUGAGGCUCAUCUGUGCACUGUAUGUGGGAAAGCACUGCGUGAUCCCCACACAUUACAAGCUCAUGAACGCCUGCAUACAGGCGAGCGGCCUUUCUGCUGCCACCUUUGUCCCAAAUCCUAUCCUCUAGCAACAAAACUCCGACGUCAUCAGAAAGUCCAUCAUAGUGACAAGCCCUAUCAGUGUAAUAUUUGUGGUGUAGGCUACAGCCUCUCUCAGAAACUUCCACACCACAAGCUUGAGCACAAAGACAAUAUAGUCAAGGAUUUAUCCAAAUCUGACAUUAAAGAUCUUAAGGAUGCUGCCGUUUCAGAGCAGCCUGCUGUGUUGGUAGUGCACACACUGAGUAUGGCAGAGCCUGGCAGGAAAGCAAAAGUCCUCAUCUCUAAGUACACUGCAGUACAAGAGGGCUUUGGCCAGCACAAAGAUGUCAUUGAGAUUGCUGAGGAAGAAUGUAUCAUUGUGCAAGAGCAAGCAUCUCCCAAUAACAUGUUCAUUCUUCAAGAGGGUGUUGGUUUUAGUGCUGUGGCAGAAGUCGAGGUAGAAUUGGGAAGCUGAGCAUUGCAGUUAUUUUGCAUUAUCUGGAAUUUAUGUAUUUUAUUUAUUUGAAGAAUUGAUAUGGCCGCCCGUUCACUUUCAGUGACUGUAGGUAACUUACAAAAAAUAAAAAAAACAAUGUACAAAGAGUAAAAACAAUAAUUCCUUACCCCACCCCGGCAACAACAAGCAAGCAACAAACAUUUUGUUUUUUCAAUAAUUGUAAAAUCAGAAAGUCUUAAAACUGCAGAAUGCCAGAAACGUGCAGGUACAGGUAAUCCUCAAUUUACAAUUGUAAUGAAGCCUGUCCAUUAUAGUGAGAAGUUGUGUCUGUGGCCAUAAGUGGAGGAGUAUCUGCAUUUGACUUCAAAUAUGGUUGAAUUAUCAAUAUCGGUGCCUAGAGCCUUUAUGAUUGAAUUGGAUGCUAGGCUCAGGGAAUAGACCAGAAGUUAGUUAUUAAAAAUGUUCAUUAACUAACCUUUUAUGCACAGUCAAUAUUGGUUUAAAUUGAGCGAGGACUGUUUGUAUCUAUUUGCAGUUCUUAAAAAAAUACAGUGGUAAUGCAUACAAGCACUGAUCAGGUGAUUCAGUUAAAUGGUUUGAAUAACUCAAUUCGUUAUAUCCUUCCACAUGAAAUGUUUAACGUGGCUCAGAGAGCGAUCUGUCCAUUGACUAGCCAAGUUAUGUGAUUGAUAAGUGCAUACAACUUCUGCAGGGUCAUCAUACAUUAUGUUGGACAGGCUAAAUUAAAUCAUAUUGCAGUCUUGCUGAGAAUUAUAUGUCCUGAUAGUUGUGAUGUAGACAAAAUAUUUAUUUUGAGAUCAAGUAAAUAUCAAAAUUAAUAAAACAGUCUUUCCCAAAUCUCAUCAUGCAAUGUGGUGAAGCUCUUAACUCUAACUAUUGAUAUUUCAGUGUACUCUGAAUUUUCUUCGUUCUUCCCUAUAAGAACUUGGUUUUAUUUCUAAUAA